AUGCGUCUCUUGCCGGCGUGGCUCCUCGCCGCCACGGCCUGCGCCUCCCAGCACGCCCUAUCGACGCGAAUGCUCGACAGCAUCAUGGCCCGGCAGCAGGGCAUCGUUGACUCGGGCGCGGCAAGCAGCACCCUCGAAAGCGGCAUCCUCGCGCAGGCGUUUGAAUACGCCAUGGCGCAGUACCCGGCCGCCAAGGCCAGAUACGGCGGCUACCUCUCGUCGGUGCUGGACAAGGCCUCGGCCAGCUUCGCCAACGCCUCGAACAUCACCGUCCAGGUGUCCGGCGCGCUUGUGCGCCACGCUGACCCGGCCACAGGCGCGUGGUGGCAGAUUGUCACGCUGCCCGGCGUUGGCGCCAACUACCUCGAGAGCUCGAGCACCGCCCUCUUCACAUUCGCCCUCCUCAAGGCCUUGCGGACGGGGCUGCUGUGCGGCCGGACGCCCGACUACAGGGGCACGGCGCUGCGGGCGUACAAUUACACCGUGGGCCGGUUUGUCACCGACACGGGCAACGGCACGAUUGGCUUCGACAAGACGGUUUCCGUGUGUAGCCUGAAUUCCAGCGCCUCCUUUGAGUACUAUACCACGCGGCCUCUUGUGCCGAACAGUUUACUGGGAGAGUCGGCUUUUGUGCUGGCCGCGUUGGAGGUGGAGAGGUUGGCGUGA